AUGAAUAAUUCUGAAAUUAAAGAUGAAUUAAAAAACAUAUUGAUUGAAAAUCAGUAUCAUUUAUCAUGGAUUUCUUAUGACGAAUUUAAAGAUCUUCGAGAGAUAGGUAAAGGUGCAUUUGCGACUGUGUACUACGCUAAAUGGCAUGAUAAAAGUAAAAAUUUAAACACACCUGUUGCGCUUAAAUUACUUCAUAAACAUUCGAAUGAUUAUCAUGAAGAAUUUAUAGGAGAGUUAAAAGCAUAUUGUGAUAUCGGUCUUAAAGAUCCAACUUUUUUAAAAUGCUUUGGUAUAUCAAAACACAAAGAGUCCAAUGAAUAUAUUCUUGCCAUGGAAUAUGCUUCAGUAGGUAGUUUGCGCAACAAUCUACAAACUAUAGCACAGAUGGAUUGGAAAGAUAAAUUAAAUCUGCUACAAU